AUGAAAAUCGAAGACUCCAUGGAACUACCUGUGAUUCUUGUGGCUAGUGGGGUGUUGCUACCUGGAGCAAGUCUGAAAAUUCCGAUUAAGUCGAAGUUGAACAUCCGUACCAUCGAACAACACCUGACACGCGGCGGCGCUGUAGCCAACAACUACGUCGUGAUCGCCUACAAAGUGUCACCUGAUAAAGUGUACGAAGUGGGAACGAUUGCCUACGUGGAAAAGUUGUUUGGAUGGACGUUCAACUCGACAGUUCACUACUCGUUGGAUGUGGUCGGAUUGCACCGUGCAAAUAUUGACAAGUUGUCGCUUCCGACAUGCGUUGUUUCGAAAAUUGUUGAUUCUCCAGGAGCGGAUUUCAACCACACUUCCAUCGAGUCGCUCAUCUCUGGAGCCAAACUUCUUGCUCUGAACUCAUCUUCCAAAAACAUCUCCCAUGAAAUCCUGAACCUUAUCGACGAACAUGACUACGCAAAACUGGCGGACCUCUGUGUAUCGCAAAUGAAAAUUUUGGGAUUCAUGCAACUUUUGGAGUUUCUAGGCACAAAAAAUCCAGAGAAGAGGAUCGAUUUGUGUGUGAAAUGGAUGGGCGAGAGGAAUGAGAACAAUACGCUGCAGCUAAAACUUCCCAAUUCAAUUGUCCCGUCAAGCCAAAAGCCACAGAACAAGGGACGAAAAUUUCCAAAUGCCAAGAAUCAGGUGGAGCAGUUGGAGGAGAAACUGAAUGGGAUUGAGUUUACGGAGGAGAUAUCGGACCGCGUCUUCUCCGAACUGCAUCGUCUCAAAAACAUGAAUCCGCAACAAAGUGAGUACAACAUCCUUCUCAACUGGCUAGAACUUGUCGCCGCUCUUCCAUGGAACACCUCGACAGUUGAUGACAUUGAAAUCUCAAAAGCACGCACUAUUCUAGCAGAAUCGCAUGAGGCGAUGGAUGAUGUAAAACAGCGGGUGCUGGAGCAUUUGGCUGUUUGUAAAAUGAAUAAUUCGGUCAACGGAAUGAUUUUGUGCUUUACGGGACCGCCAGGAAUCGGGAAGACAAGUAUUGCCAAAGCGAUUGCACAAAGUAUGGGAAGGAAGUUUCAGAGAGUAUCCCUCGGCGGAAUCCGUGAUGAAAGUGACAUUCGUGGACACCGUCGUACCUACGUGGCAGCAAUGCCCGGAAGGAUUAUUGAGGCUCUGAAACACUGCAAAACCAAUAAUCCGGUAUUCCUGCUUGAUGAAGUCGACAAGUUGUAUUCCGGGAAUCAGGGAAGUCCGUCGGCUGCCCUGUUGGAAUUGUUGGAUCCAGAGCAGAACUCUACGUUCCAUGACCAUUAUCUGAAUAUGCCAUUUGAUGUGUCAAAGAUAAUGUUUAUUGCGACGGCGAAUGAUAUAGAGAGACUGGAGCCUGCGUUGAAGGAUCGACUGGAAAUUAUUGAGAUGAGUGGGUACUCGUUGAAGGAGAAGCUGAAGAUUUGUGAGAAUCAUUUGUUGUCAAGGCAGUUGUCGAAACAUUGUAUUAGUCCGGAUUAUGUGCAUUUGGAUCGAAGAGCGAUUAUGGCGAUGAUCGAGGAAUACACGAUGGAAGCGGGUGUCCGCCAACUCGAGCGAAACGUCGGUGCAAUCUGCCGCCACGUGGCACUCCGUCUAGCAGAGGCCCUCAACUCGGACCCAGGAGCCGAUGUGCUUCCAGACAUGGAGCUGCCCAUCCAAAUUAAUAAAGCGGAUAUUCAUAGAAUUCUGAAGAUAAAACAUAUGAAGCGAGUGAAGAUAGUGGAGAAAAUGAGGCCGCUGCCACCUGGUGUCUGCUUCGGAUUGAGUGUGACGACGAAUGGAGGGAAGGUUAUGCCGAUUGAAGCCUCAAAAUCCAAAGGAACUGGAAAAAUUGUGACCACUGGUCACCUAGGAAAAGUGCUCAAAGAGAGCAUCCUCGUGGCGAAAGGAUGGUUGGGUGCAAAUGCAGAACGAUUUGGAUUAAAGACCUUAGAGGAAAAUGAUAUUCAUGUACACCUCCCUGCAGGUUCUAUAAAUAAAGAUGGACCAUCUGCAGGGGCAGGACUGGCAUGUGCUCUUGUUAGUCUGGCGACUGGGGUUCCGUUGAGAAGUGAUGCAGCGGUGACAGGAGAGAUUUCGUUGACAGGACAUGUUUUGCCGAUCGGUGGUGUCAAGGAAAAAGUGUUGGCUGCCCAACGAGAGGGGCUACGUCGUGUGGUGCUUCCAAAGUCUAAUGAAGAAGAGUAUCUAAAAAUCGAUGAAGAUAUUCGACAAGAAAUGGAUGUAGUGCUAGCGGAUACUGUAGAAGAGGUAAUCGGAGCAAUGAUGGAGAAAUCGCCAGUAUUGGCUAAGUUGUGA